UCCAACCACCAUGUUCCUCCGUCUCUGCGCCUUCCUCUCCUGCGUAUCUUUCGCAGUCGGCUACGUCCAAGAGGUCACAUUCUACACGGAAUAUGCCUUCCAAGGGGACGCGUUGCGACUCCGAUCCAAGCACGCGGAACUUACGCCAUGCCAAUUGAAGCACAUUGCGAACACAAAGACGUUCUGUGCCGUGGGCAGUUGGCAGGGCUUCGAGGGUCAGAAUUACACUGGUCGUGUGCGUUUUACGUCGACCAGUGGCGCAGCUAUGAAUUGCCAAGAAAAAUCCUUCAAAUAUUCCCCAAUUAAAUCCCUUCGGUACCUCGGCCAGUUGGAAACGCUCAUGCCAUCAAUUUCAGUCAACAGCGGGUCAAACGAUAGCGACACUGGUGGCAUCGAACGCACUUUUACGAACUUAGCAGCCAACAAUUUCGGCUUCAUCCCCGCCCACCUCGUCCUCACGGGGGGGUCAAAUUGGACUGGAUUUUCUAACGAAGAUUUCACUGGGGAAUCGACCUGCUUCUCGACAUCCGAGCUGCACGUGGGUAUCAGUCCGCACCCAAGCGUUGUAAGAUCCUUGUUUCAGGGGUGCGAUGCAAAAUAUGGGAGCGAGAUUUACGAGUCGGCAGAAUGAUGCACAUUUAAUUUUAUGACGUAAUUCUCUUUUGAAAUCAAUGAUUUAUAAAAUUUGUUCGGGAAGUAAA